AUGUCCAAAACUGUUAUUUCCAAUGUGGAUUCUUUCAAAAAUAAUGCAUACAAGACUACCAAUUCCGACACUUUAUCAAACCCGAUUGCUUCAACCAAAGUCAUGUCUGUCAAACCGGCCACUUUGCAGAUAUCGACAAAAGGGCUGCAAUCGCAUAAUGUUCCCCAUGCAAAUGAGUGCUUCACUGACAAACUCGGCAACAUGGAAUCCAAUCAUCCCACACUAGUUACCAUUCCUCAAGGCUACCGCAUGGUUAUUCUUCCCGGAAACCUUGUCGAUAAGUUUGGAAAUCCUGCUUUUCCUAUACAAAAGCCUUCCAAAAUUUCCAAAUCUAAUCCCACGUCUCCUACCAGUCUAAUUUCUUCCAAAUCUACAUUUGAAUCUCACAAAAUCGAUACCUUUUCCAAGGCUAAAGCCAUCAAGAAUGCCUCGGCUAUAAAAUCACCUCCCGUCAACAAAGGAAAACGGCCCAUGAAUUCUUUUUUCCAGUACCGAAGCAACAAGCUAGCUGAAAUCAGAGCAAAUCAUGGAGUCGUUUCUAACCCUGAAAUUGCUACCAUUGCUGCAGCCAUGUGGAAAGCAGAGCCAGAAUCGGUUCGCAAUGCAUACAAGGAACAAUCACUACGCAAUUAUCAAGAGUAUUUCGACGCAAACCCAGAUUUUGUUUGGAUGCCAAAAUAUCGUGGUCUUAAAAAUGCUGCUGCUCGUACUGUUGGUGAGAUGCGUAAUCAGACAAACCGCAAAUUGGCAAACUUGGUCACCAAGAAGCUUACUGGAAGACCGCGAUCCAAAUCUGCUCCUGCUUCACCUACCACUAACAUGAGCUGUCAUUCGUCGUUUUCAUUCGGUCAAGAUCUACGCCAACAAUUAGGUGAACAGGCUUUGUUUGAACAAUACCGAUCGAUUAGUCGAGACAAUACCGACAAAAACAAAGGUGCCCAUAUUCUAACAAACAACUCUUACUUGGAUGCCACGAAUGGACUUACCAUCACUCCACCCAUGUCUCCUACUACUCUUCAAAAAACACUGUCAUUGAUGACUUUUCCAGUGUUGAAUGGCUGCUCUGAAACCGACUCUGAGAACACCAGCUUUAUAAAUGCAAAUACCACUCUUUCAUUUCCCAUGGAUUAUGAAUUCAGUACCGAGUCUGAAUAUUCUUUUGCCAAUGCUGUUUCUGCACCUUUGUGCAUAUCAGACAGUCGCGUCUUUGCCAAUUCCUUUACUGGUAUGCUUCAUACACCAUCAAGCACUCCCUCAUCUACUCCUCAAAACUCGCCUAAACUCCAACACGCAAACAUCGAUUUGAUGUUUAUGGACUCGCUUAAUCAAGGCAGCCUACUUGAAUACACAUCCUUUCAAGAUAUGCUUGAUUUCCAAUGGACAGAAAACAAUACCGACUCCACGUUAACCUUUUUGACAGAUGAACCCACUGCAAUGAGUUCCCUAUCUAAAUCAUGCUCAUCGUUUGAAUUGGAUGCCAACGUAAAUUUAUACUCUGUUGCCAACCCUACAGCUUUAACUCGUAUGCAUCACGAUCUUACUACUCAGAAUCAUAUGUCUGCUCAUUCUGCUGAUUUCAAACCCAAAACCGAUCAUCAUGGCAUGUAUAGCAUUGCUGAUGAUGCAAGCAGCAUUUUUUCAAAGACUUUACAAGAAUCAACACAUAUUCAAGCUGAUCUUAUGGCCAUGAUCGCCUUUCCAGAAUCACCCAUCAAGUCCAUGCCAAUCGAUUUUGAAACAAUAACGUUGGUUAAUCCGUUGACACUGUUUUCUACAUCAUCUCAACUUUCAUUUCCACUCAAUCCUACACCCUUGAUUCAUGCGGAUAACUCGACUGCAUCAUCAUAUAUUCCAAUUUCACCAACAUUUACUCCAUGUCAAAGCACAAAAAUAAGUUGCGAGAAAUUCGCUCCCAUUACAACCCUAUUCACCUAA